UAGUCGUAAUUUGUGUUAAUUUGGACUACAACAAAUUAAGCUGUAAAAUAAAGUAAAAAGAUAGAAAUGCGGUAGAAUAGGAAGAGGAAGAUUCGUAUUUAAAAGUACAUUUUCGAGUCUCAUUAACCACAUCGGAUGUUUUGUGGUGGUGAAAUAAUCAUGGAGUACAAUAUACCAAUAUCGAUUAACAAAUUAGAUAGAUUUCCAAUUCUUCCACCACUUAUAACAAAUGAUAUUGUAACGGAAAUACAAUAUUACAAGAAGCUAGCUAUAGCUGUCGAGGAAAGAUUAAGAACUCUGGAAAUUGUUAAAGAUACUUGUGUAACAAUGAAUAAAGAAGAAUCAAAUAAAAACAUCAUUCCAGUUUUAAUAGAAAAUAAUAAUGUCACAUCGGAUUAUUCUUUUAAACCUAAAGAUGAUAAGGUGAAACAGGAUGCGACUUCCAUUGAACUAAUAAUGGAUUAUCCAACAAAAGACGAGGAGGUUGAGGAAAAUUUAAUUGACAUUAGUACUCCUAUAAAUGAAAAUGUUCCAAACAAUAGUUUAAUUGAUAAAGAUGACGGUAUUUGCGAACCAAAGCAAAAGAAUCCUGAACAUAUAGACAAAUCCAUAUCGGAUGACGACAGGAGUUGCUUUAACGAAACUCUACAGUGCAACAGUAUUAGUUCCGAUACAGUCACAGUUAGCACUGAUUUAAAUCAAUAUUUCAAUACAUCGCCAUCGAUAAAAACAGAUACGACAGACACUACACCAGAAAAUUGGAAACCGCAAGUGCCUAAAACAUUAGAUAUUGUUCCAAUCACAGUAAAUAAAAUGAAAUGUCCAAAUAAAUUAAAUACAAAUAAUGGAGAAUCCCAGAAACUAGUGCGUCGCGGAUCUUAUGUAUUAGAUGCACCGAGUCCAAUGCUUUUAGCACAUAUGCACAAUGAAACUGUAAAUACAGAGGUAAAAUCGCCAUCUUCCGUUCAGUCAAUUAGGUGCAAAGAAUGGAAUUCCAAUCAUACAAAAACAAAUUGGGAAAGUCCAAAUAAAUUUAAAGAACCAACAAUGUUCCGCUUAAAUUCUGCUACUAAAGUUAGAAAAGGUAGUCAUACAAGCAUUCCUAGUCAAAGAGUUUGUAGAUCGGUAUCAAGCUCCAAAACUUGCUCACCCCUAGAUGUUUGUCAGCCCACAAAAUCAGUCGAUUGUAUUCAAGCAAUGUUCACGAAAGAAUUUUGUUCUUCCAAGACUGUAAGUAACAAAGUCGCCAAUCAAAGUAAAAUAUACUCAUCGCCUGUUAAUGGAACAAAUGGUGUUCGCAAUCAUGGUUUAAAGAAAACUGUUAAAAACACAUCGAUAUUAAAUUUAGCAAAUAGACUUAGCGGAUCAUUAGGAAGUUUAAGUAACGUUAGUCCAAAACCGUAUAAGCGAGUGGAGAGAAAACAUAGUAAUGAUUCAAAUUUGGAUAAAAGUCUCACUCCCGAUUCCCUAAAAAGUAAUGAUCAUACGAAGAAGCGAAAGCCAGUUAUAACGUCGGAGAAAAUUGUAACAGCUUUUCGAGAAAUUCAGGAUACCCAUAAAAGAGAAAUGAUUGAGUUAGUGACGCGACAGCAAGAGGAGCAAGCCAAAAUGCAAGACGAUUUUAAGAAACAACAGAUUACUUUAUUAGCACAAAUUAGAAAAGUUUUUCCUGAAAUUCCAAUUUCAGUGCUUAAAGAAGCAAUAAAUGGUAAUAAGAGUGCAGAGUCCAAAGAAGCGUUAAAUUCAAAAACGGUAAAUACAAAAUCAGAGUCUGUUCAAACGCAAAAGGUCAUUAAAAAAAAGCCCCAAGUUAAUGGAAUUAGUUACAUUGAGAGAAAAGAUGAACGCAUUAUUACUAAAUUGUCCACCAAUUGUACUCAACAGUCCAAGGAAUUGUUAUCUACCUCGUGUCAGUUAUCUCUUCAAGCAACAAAUUCUACCGUAUCGCCAUGUUAUCAAUAUAACUGUCAAUCUAUUGAAACAUUGAAUGACGCAUCCAUAUUGAAUAGUCGUAUUCAAUUGUCAAACUUUACAACCAUAGAUGAUAUCCCAGUGGGAAAUCCAAUUCGUAGACAUUCUAACGUUAGUCGUCAACUGUUUCCACUUGAUGGUAGAGCAGUACGUGCACCAAUAUUAGAUAACACAGUUUACGUAGAUAAACACAUAAAAGCAGCAACGAUAAUAAAUGCAUAUGCAAAAGGCUUUUUAGUUAGAAGAUUAAUGAAGACGGAAAAGAUUAUUGCUCUGAAAAACACUUAUAAAGAAGCGUUACAUUGCAUGUUACGACUACAUGUGGAUGAGCCACUUCAGGUGCCUGAAGUAAGAUUCAAAAAAAGGCUUCAGCAACAGUGCGAUGCAGCAUCAAUGAAUAUUGUAGAUUUAUUUUCACAAGAUCCUGCUUUACAAAUGGAAAUAAUAGCUCACGAUCGAGGGAUUAAAACAGCUCGCUCUGAUAGACCAAGUUCUGCUCGCUCAUACUCUUUUGCAACUCAGCGCACACUUGCUAGAAAAAAACUCAAAGAAAUGGGUAUUUAUCCAAGCUCACAAAGUUCAAUGAUGUCUAAAUCUUGUCCGGUUAGAUCAAGAUGUCAAACAUGGACUUCGAAUUCAAAGGAAAGAAAAACUACAAUUAGUUUAAUAAAUCAAGGGAUUAAAAGAAGUACUAGUGCUGGUGCUGUACGUAAACCGUGGCGAUAAGCAAAUUCUUAAAAAGAUAUUUAAAUUAUUGCACAUUAAUUAUGAGUAAGAGAAAGAUAUUGCACUUAAUAACAAUAUAAAGCCGUCCUAGUGCCUCACAGUAUCUUUUAACAAAAUAUAAAUUAAUUUUUUAAUUUAAAAUAUUUUAAACAAUACUUAUUCCAAAGUGCAUUAUUUGCAUGUUUUCUGUGAUAUAUUAGAUUAUGGGAAUUAAUUUUAUUUAUUUUUUUUUUUUUAUUAUUUAUAUUUAACUCACUGUAUAUAAGAAUAUAAUCCUCGUUUUUACAAAACAAUGUUUUUGAAGCAGACACUGUCCAGUAGAUAUAGUACAACUUACAAAUAAAGUUGCUACUGUUGCUUAAUAAAGUUAAAUCUUUGCUGCUCAUCUAUUCAUUUAAGUAUUUAUUAUU